AUGGUGGGGGGACGAGGAGGAGGGAUGGGGCGGCGGCAGGAGCGGCAGGCCCUGAUGGUGGCGUUCGCGUUGGCGCUGCUCAUGGGCACCGCCGUCUACUUCCGCAUCUGGACCCGCCAGUCUAGCGACCCCACCUUUACCGCCGACGACCGCGAGGAGCUCCGGAGACAAUUUGAACAAGCAAACCUAGAAGCGAUGGAUGAAUCUGCCGAAUGGAGGAUGCAAUAUGACAAAGAGGUAGAGAAAAACAGGCAGUUGCAUGAUGAACUUUCAAAGGUUAAGGCCUCGUUAGCUGGUACAGCCCGUCGUCUUGAGUUGUUGCAGAAGGAUAACGAAUUGCAGAAGCGGCAGACUGAAUCACUGAGGCAGCAAUGCAAUUGCACUCUCCAUUGA